AUGGAACUUCUAGAUGUUAUGAAAAAUUUAAGUAUAAAACAUAGUUCAAAUGAAAGUGAACAACAAAUCUUUAAGUCAGUAGCUGCAGAUAUUGAUGAUCUUCCUACUGAAAUAGUUUUUGCUGAGUAUUCGGAUAGAAUAUUAAUUAUUUUAUCUCAGUAUCAGAAAAUUGGAAGUAUGUUGUUGGUUCAUAAGGAUCAAGUUCCCAGUCCCCUAGGUACAAAUGAUAUUUAUACAACAAAAGUUAUUUUUGGUGCCACAGGAGAAGAGCAGCAGGUUGCAGCAAGAUAUUUAGCUGAAGCAAUCAACAUUACAAAACCACUUUGCAUAUUCAUAAAUCUAAAAUCCUAUGAUAUUGAAACAGUCAAAGCUUGCAAAGACAUAAUAUUAGAUCUUAAGCAAGAAGAAUCAAAUUAA